UCAGAUCUGCUUCGGUAGAGUUCGAAGUUAGAGUAGCAACGCGGGAUACGAUCUCAUAUCUUCAUAUUCUCGUGAGUUUGAGAUGCGGGCUGUUUGAUCUACGGAUCGGACAUAGCCGAUUUGGGAGAUCGUUUGCAUCACUGUGGUUCACAGAAAAGGAGAUGAAUCUCAUGUUUCCAAAGAUGUAAGGCAUGACGUCAUCAACCACUUUUCUUUUCCGCCCACUUAAGAUAGGGAGCGUGGGGCUGACUUUGAUAGCAUUCCUUGCCCAAGCUCAAAGUCCUCCACGUUUGCUACCAGAUGCAAUUGAUCUGGAAAGAGUGGUUCCGGAAGGAAGCAUGGUACAACUUCCUUGUCCAGUUGUAGCCGAUCCAGACACACUAUUUUUUGAAUGGUACAGAGAUCGAGAGCCUCUGGACGCUUUUGCGGACGAAAGAUAUCGUGUUUUAAGUAAUGGUGUUCUUAAAAUCAAAUCAGUUGUACCAGAUGAUACAGGUCUCUAUGUUUGCAGAGCAAUCAAUGGUUUUGGAAAAACUGCUGUCAAUGUCACUCUUAUAGUUUUAGGUUCUCCGGAUUCAUAUCGAUCUGAUUCGUCUGAUGAUGACCAUUCCUCUAUAUUUGAUAGUGACAGAAAUAAUUCACCAUAUGUUGAUGAAUUUGAUCUUAAUCAAGGUAAACCUCACUUCACUCAAACAUCUAAAGCUAAAAAUUUCGUACUUGUGGGAAGCUCUAUUCCUUUAAGAUGUAUCGCUAAAGGUGAUCCUAGACCACAAAUAUCAUGGUUAAAAAACGGUAAACCACUACCAGAUUCCAACUUACCCUCCAGUUCUAACAGAGGUCAUUGGAUUUUACACUUGCAAAAUCUCCAAGCCUCUGAUACUGGAAAUUACACCUGCGUUGCUCAAAAUAUUAUAGGAGCAGCCAAAGCUGAUUUCCAAGUUAAAGUUAUAGAUCGAGUGCGGACAAAACCAGAAUUUAUACACGGUUAUCCUUCAAAUAUGACUGCCCGUGCUGGUGAAACUACUGCCCUCCAAUGUAUCUUAUCGAGCGACAUUCCUCCUAAUGUACAGUGGUUAAAACAAAUACAUUCCAAUGAAGGUCUAUCAGAUCACAGUUCUCAAACAGUUAAGCUCUUGGGAGAAUUCUACACAAUUCUCAAAUCCAGUGAAAUCAUCUCACGUAUAGAUGGCGCUUAUUUAAGCAGACUUAUUUUUAAGUCAGUUAAAGAAAGUGAUGAAGGAAAAUAUAUAUGCUUGGGAGCUAACGCCAUGGGAUUCAGCUCCCAGAGUGCCUUCCUUAAAGUUUUGCCAAGAUCAUCUUCCACUACAUUCAGUCAAAGUGGAUUUUUCUUACCAUUUCCAUUACUUGUUGGAGUCAUCAUCAGCGGUGCCAUUAUCUUAGCAGGACUAUUAGGUGUAUUCCUUUACUGCCGGACCCGCAAAUACUCUUCAGCUGCUUCAAGAGACAUGUCCUCAGCUGCUACAAAUACUACCAGUAGCUCAUCGUCAAAAACUGGAAGCAGUGGCACAACCGAACGUAAGCAUUCAUAUGUUGGUAUGACCUAUAAACCACCUCUAUCAAAUGUCAGAGAUGACCUUGGAGUGCCGUCCCCAUCAAGAAUUUAUAUAGCUCCUGGACAGUUACACAGGACAGUGCCACUCAAUGGCAUACUUAUAUGAAACUGAUGUAAAAAAUAAUUCGUUGUUUUGCGUUGUAGGUAUUUGUUUUUGUGGACUUAGUCCAAAAUGUUGCAGUCUCGUUCGAGGUUGAACUGUUCGCGACGGGCAGAUGCAAUCAAAACUUUGUAAAUUAUUAUCAUGUAUCAUAUCAAAUCAUUAAGAAAGUGUUAUAAUGUAACGAUUUUAAACCCUGAGUGAGAUUUUGAACGUGUUGCUCCUCUUUUUUGUAAAACUUGACGUAUAAGAAUGAGGGACGAUUUGUUCUGUGCCCUAUGUAAAAAAAUAGGUAGUUUGAAGAUUCGCUUCCUUAUCCCGUUUCAUUUUGUUUGUUCUUUUCUCCAAUGCUAAUUAAAAUAAUUUUCAACGGUAAAACAGCAAUUUGUUACAGAUAAAAUGGCAGAAAAAAUGUAAUACUGUUUGGGUAUUUUAAAGACAAACUCGAGUUGCUUGUUUUUUUUCUCCAAUGUUAAUUAAGUUAAUUUUCAACGGUAAAACAGUAAUUUGUUACAGAUAAAAAUGGCAGAAAAAAUGUAAUACUGUUUGAGCAUUUCAAAGACAAACUCAAGUAAUGUAAUUAAAAGCUGAAAAUAAGAGAAUAACUUAUUUUGGGUGUAACAUCACAAAAAAUUAAGCAGAUUUUUGUUUUAAAAUACCACCUAAUUACUAAUACGAGGUGGGUUUAGCCUUCGAAGUAAUUAUCCUUCACCCACUACCUUAAUUGAAGAGUUAAGUGGAUGAAGGUUCAAUUAGUGAAUGUCAGUAAAUUAGAGUUAAAGUUUAUGAGUUGACAAUAGAAAAUAAAGAUCAUCACAUUUAACAUAACAGCCUGGGGUGGACUUUGGCCAUCUCCACGCAGUUUUUUUCUUGUCGCUAGAUCUUGUCAGUUCAAUACCUUAGUCUUAUGGUCAAGUUAACGGGGUCCAGCCAUAAAAUUUUUGACAUCCUUUAACUCUACUAUUAGUUAGUUUAUGUUUGAAAAUAUUAUAGUAAAGAUUAUACUUUCCCUUUAUUUCUUGUCCCCAAGCUUUUAAUUGGCAACGUCUGUAAAUUCCUAACUCUCAUUGAACUUAUUUGCAUCCUUGCGCUUUAAUUAACUGGUGAAAGGCGUGUUAAUUAUUUGCUAAAGCAGCCUUAACUAAUUUUUUUUUUAAAUUAAGUAAUAGUACUUUAUUUACGUCUCAUUAAAGCUGCACAAUGAGCUAUAGGCGACGGUUGGGAAACAUUUCUGAGGGUUGCCCAAAGACAUCCUAUCACAAAUUUUAUUCUCUGCAGGAGGGAUGGCUUCCUUCCCUUUAAGAGUUCAACGAACUGCCCUUUUCACGGUAAAACAGCUUAACAAGAACCGAUACCGUGCUCCAUAGGUCCCUUCGCAGGUUGAUUAAAAUUAUUCACCCAUCCGCUCAUUAACCACUACCAGCGAUGCUUGACUUCGAUGAUCUACUGGGCACCGUGUCCUAAAACAAACUAAACUAAGAUGUUUCCAAAAAAAGAAAAAUCUAAAUUUUUACAAAAAUUUUACUUCUUCCAUGAAACUUUUCAAUUGCACAGACUAUACAGAGGAGCCUAUUUGUUUUACAUAGAGUAAAAGGAAGUGCAAUGUUUGUCGUUUAUAAAAGCUUACGUUCAAUGCAGAGAGAUUUUAUAUAUAAAUAUUUAAGUAUACAUAAUGUAAUAAACCACUGCCUAACUAAUGUUAGUAAAUACUUGUCUGUAAGAACAAAAAUAGUUUUAUUUUAAGUUUGUAGGUCACAAGCCUAACUCGGCAGAGCCGAUAUGUUGAAAUAAAACAUAACUUAUCUUGUAAUUAUCUUGUGAUGAUUGUUGUAUUUGCGUUGAACCGCAAUCCGUAUUGUGCUCAAAAAUGUUAAGUGUUAUUAAAUGCUUGAGUUUUGCGUCCCUGUCUGGAAUAUUUUGUCAACAAACUUUAAAAAAAAAAUUACAGAGUGAAUGUUUGAAACUAGUCCAGACAUAAAGUUAUAUGUACUUAAUAUAUGUUUUUUUUUUCCAUUUUUGUAACUUAUUUAUAUACUUUACGUAUUAUUUUACAAUCGAAAUUUUCUACUAUUGUAUAGAACACUUUUCUAUGAACAAAUUGCCAUAUGAACUCAAGAAAUAAAUUUGUUUUAUUAACUGUCUUUUACGAUGUUGUAUUUGUAAAACUUAACAUAUUUGUAAAAUAUAUUAAAUAAAAAGGAUUAGAAAGUUUGUGUAAAAAAUAAAGAAAAAUGCAAUGUUAAUUCUAAUUUAUUUGUUAUUUUUUUCCUUUUUAAUACCGUGUUCGUCUUUAACACAAUCAUAUAAAAUUAAGUUCAAAAAUGAGAUUUUUUAGGAAAAUUUUGUUCCAGCAAUUUUUAUCAAAUUGGGAGUCAUUUUAUCACGAUAUUAUUACUUUAUCUGCACAAUUGCUUCAUAGGUGGCAGCACAAAGCAAGUAAUUUGAUUUUACAAUUGAUAAAAAUAUUUGAAACAUGAGGAUAAAAUAUCUCUUUAGGUAUAAAGCAGAUUUUAACUCUUUAUUGACCGAAUGAAUUGCGCUUUAAUAUGAGUUAUCCAUUGUGUAUAAUUUAACAGCUACAACUAACUAUUACCAAAUGGGGAGAACUCCCUAAACGGUCGACACAGUAAAAAUUCAAUUUUAUCAAAAUCAUGCAAAAAAACUAAUUAUUCUUUUAAAAAUACAUGUAUCAUAAUCGCAAAUUUAAACUUUGUAAAACUGUUAAAUACAUCAUUUAUACGGACAAUCUAUGAUAAAAGUUAUAAAUUUAAAAUGAAAAAUAAAUUUUUAAAUGAACUUCAUGUAGACAAUAAACAUACUUGCUUUAAUAAUUUAGUGCAGUUUUAUGUUCAAUGUUGUAUUUAUAAUCCUCCAUCUACUGUUAAAUAGUAUGGUGUAGAUAUCGUUAAAUAUUUGCGAUGUUCUUGAAUUUUUUAAAUGCAAUUCCGUCUUGUUCUAAAAAAGUGAUAUGGUUUUGUAGAUGUAUUUUGUUCUUAUGUUUUGCUAAUAAAGUUUUUCAAGCUGA